AGCGUAGAGGUUAAUGGUCUGUGGUCUGCCUAAUACUUGACGUAUUGAGUGUUCGUGAGCAAUUUUUGAUUUGUCCCGAACUCCGAAUUAAACAUUUUUAAAUUGUAUGUGUGCGAGUGUUCACUAUUUUAAGUUAAACUACAAUCAUGAGUCGAUUUUUCGCGACUGGUACAGACUCAGAGUCUGAUAGCUCUUCUGAAGAGGAGCAAGUAGUACGCGCACCUGCGCCUGUCUAUACGUUUAGUGACGAUGAAGAAGAAACUAAACGGGUUGUGCGUUCUAUGAAAGAGAAGAGAUAUGAGGAAUUGGAAGGAAUAAUUCAUUCUAUUCGUAACCACCGCAAGAUUAAAGACUACUCCUCAGCUUUGGCGUCAUUUGAAGAACUUCAAAGAGCAUAUACUCGUGCUGCCCCAGUUGUUCAAAAGGAAGAAAAUGGAAUAGCACCAAGGUUCUUUAUAAGAGCCUUGACAGAGCUGGAUGACUGGGUUUCUGGGGCAUGGAAUGACAGGGACAGUCGGAAAGCACUUUCAAAAGGCAAUAGUAAAGCACUUACAUCCUUAAGACAAAAACUGAGAAAAUAUACAAAAGAUUUUGAUGCUGAGAUAUCCAAAUUCCGUGAGAAUCCUGAUUUGCCAGAUGAUGAUGAUGAGCGCAAAGAUACAUCAUCUUCUGAUGAUUCUGAUGAUGAAGAAAAGGUUAAAGAAAAACCAAGGGUGCGUCGUUCACCAGAACCACCUCGUAGACCGCCACCUCAAGAGGAUGAUUCUUCAGACUCCAUGGAUUGGGGUUCAAGCUCAUCUGAUUCAAGCUCAAGCUCGGAUGACGAUGCUCAUGGCGCAACAACAAUGAGAGAGCGCUUCUUAAAACGCACUACUGAAAGAGAUGAAGACGACGACAGAGGAGACAAGCGACAAAUACGUCGUAAUAAGAGACGCGAAGGAGUUGGUAAAAUUAGUAAGAAGGAUCAAGCAGAUGAUGGAGGGGAAUGGGAGACUGUAAGGAAAGGCGCCGCAACUUCUGAUAAACCCAAGAUGUUUGCUAAGGAUAGUGACAUCGACGCAGCUCUUGUUGUCAAGAAGUUAGGUGAGAUAAGCGCCGCACGUGGUCGUAAGCGAACGGACCGCCGCGCCCAACUGGAAUUGCUCCACGAACUCCGUACCGUGGCACAACAACAUAAUCUAGGAGACGCGCUCCAACUCAAACUGCGUGCUGCCACUGUGGCCGCACUAUUUGACUACAAUCCUAAAGUUUCUGACGCUAUGAAACCGGAAUAUUGGUCACGACUUGUCGAGAACGUCGAUCAAAUGGUCACUCUCCUACUCUCGUUUGAUGAUAUGGUAUUCAGUGAAACUAUACUUGAAGAAAAUGAACAGCUUGUUACUGCUCCUUAUCGUGUCCGAGGCUGCCUGCUUACAGCGCUAGAACGUCUCGACGACGAGUUCACUAAAUUGUUGAAGGAAUGUGACCCACAUUCUAAUGAAUAUGUGGAGCGUCUGAAAGACGAAGUGAGAGUUUCGGCAUUAAUCGAUCGCGUCUGCCAAGUUGUAGAACGCGAUGGAUCACCACAGGAAAUUUGUCGUGCAUACUUACGCAAAAUUGAUCAUCUUUACUACAAAUUCGAUCCUCGUGCUGUCAAGAAAGAUCUGACACCAGGGGAAGAGACUACUAUAAAAAAAAUGGAGCGCUUCUGCAAAUACAUCUACGCGAACGACGACAGUGACCGUUUGAGAACUCGCGCUAUUCUUUCGCAUAUUUACCAUCACGCAUUGCACGAUAACUGGUUCCAAGCUAGAGACCUCCUUCUCAUGUCUCACCUGCAGGAAAAUGUCCAGCAUUCAGAUCCGAGCACUCAGAUUCUAUACAAUCGUACCAUGGCUAAUUUGGGCCUCUGCGCUUUCCGUCGCGGUAAUGUCAAGGAGGCUCACGGCUGUUUAGCCGAGCUAAUGAUGACCGGCAAGCCGAAAGAAUUGCUCGCUCAGGGCCUUUUGCCGCAGCGUCAGCACGAGCGCUCAAAGGAGCAAGAGAAGAUAGAGAAACAGCGUCAAAUGCCUUUCCACAUGCACAUAAACUUGGAGUUGCUAGAAUGCGUCUACUUGGUGUCGGCAAUGAUGAUUGAAAUCCCGUAUAUGGCGGCUCAUGAGUUUGACGCCCGGCGACGCAUGAUAAGUAAGACGUUCUACCAGAAUUUGCGUGCGAGUGAGAGACAGGCUCUAGUCGGACCUCCCGAGUCGAUGCGCGAACAUGCAGUGGCGGCCGCGAGGGCCAUGCGACGCGGGGACUGGCGUGCUUGUCUCAACUUCAUUGUUAACGAGAAGAUGAACGCUAAGGUGUGGGAUUUAAUGGUCGGCGCAGAAAACGUACGCGCCAUGCUCGGACGUCUUAUCCGUGAAGAGUCACUCCGAACUUACCUCUUUACUUAUGCGCACGUAUACGCUUCCUUGUCGCUUCGUUCACUUGCCGACAUGUUUGAGUUGCCAAGACAGCGCGUCCACUCUCUGGUAUCGAAGAUGAUCAUUAACGAAGAGUUGUUGGCUUCUCUGGACGAUCCGAGUGAAUGCGCUAUACUCCAUCGAUCCGAGCCCACUAGGAUGCAAGCGCUGGCGCUGCAACUUGCUGAUAAGGUCGGUAACUUGGUAGAUUCCAACGAGCGUAUUUUCGAAAAGCAGGGGUCGUUCUUCCAGCGGGGCGGAGCUCCGCGGGGGGAAGGGCGGCAGAGAGAACGCCCGCGCGACGGAUGGGGGCGCCGUCAACGCAACAGACGCGGCCGCGACGACGAACGCACGCACGAAGACUAAACACACAUAUGCAACAACCCGCACACGCACACAACACGCCACACAUCACCAAUGGCUGCUGGAGAAUACGCGGAAAGAAACGCCCACUUACCUUAAAAAUCUACGCUACUAAGAAACCUCGUUUGAAUGAGUUUGAGUGUGGCCAUUCUGAAUCACGAAGAGAUAACAAUAUCGUACACAAAACAAAACUGAGUUCUAUUCAAACAAAAUUCGAAGAUAUUGUUUCUUGUCAUCCGAUUUCUCUAACAAAUAAAGUAUCUACUGGUGGCAUAAACACUUCAACAAUCACAGUUGAUAUCUUUAGCUAUGUAAAUUCAGGUCAUUUGUUUCUUUUAUGUCAUGUUUAUUUUCCACCUAUGUAUAAUUGUGUGGGGGUUGCAAAAUAUUUUUUUGUUACUGAAUAUCAUUGCAUUGAUUGAUAGCGCUCUUCCGGAUUGUUAGUUUUAUUGCGUACAUUACAUAUUUACUUACUUACAUGUAUUUACUAGAAAUAUGUACCGCAUUUUAAACACUUGCAAUGCGGAAGAGCGCUUUACAGAAUUAAAUUUGAAAUGAAAAUUGUAAUAGAUAUAAAUAAAAAAAACUUUUAUUGGA